AUGUCUAGUGCCAUCGUUGCUAAACUGAACAAAGAGGACAUCAUUAAGGACACCGUCAAGGACUUGGCGUUCGAGAUUCUUGGUGAGUUGUCGGUUUCGUACGUUGAUUCUGACGACAUCAAAUUGGGCAAUCCCAUGCCAAUGGAAGCUACGCAAGCCGCUCCUACCAUCAAGUUCACGCCCUUCGAUAAAAGCCAAUUGUCAGCCGAGGAUAAACUCGCUUUGUUGAUGACUGACCCGGACGCGCCCUCUAGAACAGAACAUAAGUGGUCGGAGGUUUGUCACUACAUCAUCACUGAUAUUCCUGUCGAGUACGGACCUGGGGGAGAUAUUGCCAUUUCGGGGAAGGGUGUCGUGAGAAAUAACUAUAUUGGGCCUGGUCCACCAAAGAACUCCGGUUAUCACAGAUACGUGUUCUUCCUGUGCAAGCAACCCAAGGGAGCGGAUUCGUCCACUUUUACCAAGGUUGAGAACAUUAUCUCCUGGGGGUACGGUACUCCUGGUGCGGGUGCCUAUGACUAUAUCAAGGAGAACAAUCUGCAACUGGUCGGUGCCAAUUAUUACAUGGUCGAAAACACGACCGUUGAUUUCAACUAUGACAUGUAA